AUGGGAAAGGGAGCUUAUAGUAUUGUUCCAUUUCUGGCAGGAAUGUUAAUGGUGUGUUCAUGUGUUCACACAGAAGCAAAUGGAGCCAAAAAGGUGUCUGCAGACAUUGGUACGAGGUUGACGAUGAUGUCGGAGCUGAAAAAGAAAGAUUCUUGUAACCUGUUCGAGGGAGAAUGGGUUAUGGACAAGUCAUAUCCCAUGUACAAUUCCUCGGCCUGUCCCUUCAUUCGCAAGGAAUUUGAUUGCAUCAAAUAUGGUCGACCCAAUCAACAAUACCUCACGUAUCGAUGGCAACCCAAACAUUGUAACUUGCCCAGAUUUGACGGCAAAGAUUUCUUGGAGAGGUUCAAGGGGAAGAAGAUCAUGUUCGUUGGGGAUUCUUUAAGUUCCAACAAUUUCAAUUCACUAUUGUGCUUGCUCAACGCUGCAGCUCCUGGCAAGACCACGACGGAGCUAAAGACCAUAAACUCUCGAGGCAAUACCACCGUCACAUUUCAGGAUUAUAGAGUCGAGGUCAUUAUGUUCACCUCUCAAUACCUCGUAGACAUUGAAAAUGAGAGCAUUGGACGUGUCCUAAAACUAGAAUCCAUCAAAGAUGGAGAAAUAUGGAAGCAAGCCGAUGUUCUUAUCUUCAACAGUUGGCAAUGGUGGGGAAGGACCGGAACUAAACAACCGUGGGAUUUUAUUGACAAUGGUGAUGAGAUUGUGAAAGAUAUGGAUCGAGUAGCUGCUUUCCAGGCAGGUUUAAACACAUGGGCAAAAUGGGUGGAGACACAAGUUGAUCAUACCAAAACCAAAGUGUUUUUCCAAGCUGUGGCUGCCGCUCAUUACCACGGAACGGAAUGGGGCGAGUCAGGAGUGGAGAAUUGCCUGGACCAGACGACGCCGGUGGAGGGAUCGACUUAUCCGGCCGAACUGCCGGUGCCGGCGAGUAUAGUGAAAGAAGCCCUGAAGAAGAUGACGAAACCGGUUGAAUUGCUGGACAUAACCGUUCUCUCGCAGUUAAGGAAAGACGGACAUCCUUCGAAGUACAAUGGUGUGAAUGCCAUGGAUUGCACCCAUUGGUGUGUCGGCGGCGUGCCGGAUACUUGGAACCAGCUUCUCUAUGCACUUCUUGUUUCUCCGGCGACAGAAUAG